UAUCGUUAUCAAUCAGUGAAUGUAAUACUCGCUCAAUCUUCCAGUCUAUCUACUGUGCAAAUUCUACUCAGUUUUCGUUCUGCAUUUGAGGGCAGAGGAUCGUGACCGGAUCACCGAAUAAGAUGGGACUGUUUUAUUUACUGGUGGGAUUCGCCCUAAUACUGACGGUGAGGGCAAAUGAACGGGACUCUAUGAACAUCCAUAUUCAACAACCCAACGCCCAGAUGUAUCACCAACAAAGUGCUCGAAAUGAUCAGUUCAACUAUGGUUAUCAUGUUGAUACGGUGAGCAAUCAGUUCCAGCACAAAACGAAAGGACCAGAUGAUGUAACCUACGGUUGUUACGGCUAUAUUGAUCCGUCAAAUCGCAAGCAUUUAGUGUAUUAUGUAGCGGACCGAAUGGGAUACCGUAUAAUUUUCCCCAACCGUCCAACGAAAAUUUUCACCGAAAGAGUCACUGAUAGUUUGAACAAAUUAGAUGGAUCGCUGAAGGGUAAAGACUACGAUGAGAAGGUUGUUGCAUGGAAUGAUCUGUAUCUGCCUGAUUCAUGCUUCCGUCUUGGGGAUAUUUUGUCCACAUCAGCUUCAACUGUACAUCAAUCGGUGGCCCCUCCCGAAAGGAUCCAUUCUACAACAGCUCGAAUAGAACCAGUUUAUACUCAACCGGAGUUGCCGAAGCCUACUCAGUACACGAUUCCUCCACAUCCAUCGCGCGUUCAUCAUACAACUCAUACCGGUUCAUCUCACAUAGAAUAUCAACCAUCAGGCGGUAGAUACACUGGAACAACGUAUCCCGGAACCCAGACCAAUCACCUCAAUCUCGGACGGCAUAUUGACAAUCACGAAGCCAACAACAAUCGAGGUGAUGAGCAGCUCCAGCAGACUGUCACCAACUGGUCCGGUUCACUACCUGACAUCAAUCCGGCACAAAUAAAUUUGGACCAGUUUAAUAUCCACAGCGGAAAUGUUGCUUCGUCUGGCGCAGCGACCAAUACCCAUUACAGCACUGAACAACAACAGUACAGCCUAAACAUUACCCAUUUAUUAGCUCAAAUUGAGGCGGUGAACUCGCAGGUGAUCACGCUGAACAUGCUGCUCACUGGAUUGGUCAAUAAUCCGGCUGCAUUUAGCAGCGCAAACGAAGGAAGUUGCAAGACAGUGGUGCAGCUUCUUCGCAGCCAGAAGACUACACCACAAUUCGUCUUCGUGCCCAUAUUGAUUCCGUUCGUCGAAGGGCAACUUAAUGUCAAUCAGCCUUUUAGUGCGCAAGCCGAACGCUAUCAGCAGCCGAAACCGUGUAAUCAGUGCAAAGGUUAAAAAGGGAUGAAUAUAUUAUGGUUCAUUCGUUA